UUUAAAAUUGUCAAAAAUAUUAAUCAUGCAUAUAAUCAACUUUUUUUUACUCUUCGUAUUUCUUGUUAAUUGUGGAAUAUGUGAGUCCAGAUACGCCUUAGAAACUAACUAUAUAGAAGUACCAGUAGACCAUUUCUCCACUGUAGAGACAACAACAUUCAAACUAAGAUAUUUAAUCUCCACCAAAUACCACGUAAAAGGAGGACCGGCAUUUGUAUACACGGGAAAUGAAGGUCCAAUCGACAUAUUUGUCCAAAAUACUGGAUUCAUGUUCGACAUAGCUCCCAGAUUUAACGCUCUGGUAAUCUUCAUUGAACAUAGAUAUUACGGUGAGUCCUUACCAUUUGGAAACAAAUCCUUGACGUCUCCAGAAGCUUUGAGGUACUUAACCACUUCUCAAGCUUUGGCUGAUUACGCCUUCGUCAUAGAAGAUUUAAGAAAAACUUACUUCGGGACCAUGUUAACCAUCGAUACAAGUCCCUUUAUAGCUUUUGGCGGGUCUUAUGGAGGAAUGCUAGCAGCUUGGUUAAGAAUGAAGUAUCCUUACAGCGUUCUAGGAGCUAUAGCUUCAUCUGCUCCCAUUUGGUACUUCCCGGAUUUAACACCUUGCAACACGUUUUAUGAAAAGGUUACUAGUGUAUUUGAAAGAUAUGGAAAGGAAGACUGCACUCAGAUGGUUAAACUUGGAUGGGAUAUCAUAUAUAAAAUGUCAAAAACUAAUGUGGGUUUAAAAUUUCUUUCAAACUCUUGGAGACUUUGUAAGAAUUUAGCAACUGUACGGGAUGUCGAAAGAUUGCUAGAUUGGCUAAGCAAUAUUUAUGUCAAACUGGCCUUGUCAAACUACCAUUACCCGACUGACUUCCUUACUCCACUCCCAGCUUAUCCUGUUAAAGUCUUUUGUGACAAACUGACAUCCUCGUACUUCAACGACUCCCAGAGUUUGAUAGAACACUUUGGUAAUGCUUUGGAGAUAUACACCAAUUACACCGGAACCAAACAAUGCAAUAAUAUUAACAGUACUAUAGAAGAUCCAAAUGAACUAGCUUGGAAGUACCAGUCUUGUACUGAGCUUGUUAGACCUACGUGUUCGACCGAUAAAGACAUGUUUGUUACCAAGGCUUGGAGUUACGAUGACUUUGCAAAGUGUUGCUUGACGAGAUAUAACAUAAAAAGCCAGAAACGUAACUGGGUAGUUACUACAUUUGGAGGCUUCAAUAUAAAGCAUUUUUCCAAUAUUGUAUUUAGCAAUGGAUUACUCGAUCCCUUGUCUACUGGUGGCGUAUUACGGAAUAUUAGUGAUACCAUUGUUGCAGUCAAUAUAACCGAUGGUCCACACCAUGUCGAACUCAGAAACUACGAUCCCUCAGACAACAACUACGUUAUAAAUGCGAGAAAAUUUCAUAUCGCUGCUAUUAAGCGUUGGCUGGAUGUCUAAAAUUUUGUUACAAUGGAUAUUGCUUAGACCUUUUAAUAAAUUACAUUGUAUUUA